AUGGUAUCAUCGCUGGUUCCCCAGAACCUCUGGCACCGAGACCGCCGAGGUGGAGAUGCCGGCAGAGAACAGAAAGGCGGCAAUGGUUUCUUUGUCAAUAUCCCCGGCCAGGACAAAGCCAUCAUCUUCACAGCAGGUCAUAACCUUAUGGAUGAGAACGGCAACAGAACGCAAAACCUUCGAGCCUGGUGGUCUGACCUCGGGGAGCAGCACAAAGGGAUCGAGAUCCAGGAGAAAGAUACUCGAGUUAGUAAAGUCUUCUCGACCAAGCCUAACGAAGAGUCUGCCAUUGAUGACUUUGGUAUCAUUAUGAUCCCAAAGAACAAUAACCCUCCACCUCCCAAGACGGCAUUUGGAUUCGCUUUGAGACUUGCUGAGGAGGAGAGACUAGAAGGUAUUUGCAAUAUUUCUAGCUAUUUGACCACCGCCAAGUCUGGCGAACCGCCUACACGCAGUACAGGACGCUUCGUCAAUCCUAUACUGAAGCAGCAUCAGCUUGAGUAUCUCACAUAUACUGAGGCUGGUGUGAGUGGCUCCGUGGUCUGGACUGGAUACAACGGAGCUCCUAUCGCAGUGGCUAUUCAUAAUUACGGACCGAAACGAAAGAGUCCCAAGUACGGCAGUCGUGGAUCUCGUAUAGACAUGAAAAUGAUGCGAGAGAUCAUGGAGUGGACUGGCGUCUACAAAAGGGCCGUUGCCAUCAUAGCCCAACCACUCGGCAAGAAACAACAAGCUCCCGCACUGCCCCUCUGCAUGGCCUGGUCAGAACAAGACAAAGUUCUCCGCGUCCACGUCCAAGACGAUACCGAACCCACCGCAGAAGAGGCAACAUUUCAAGCCCUCCCCGUCUUCUCCGCCGCAAUGCUUCUCGGAAAAGAGCCCAAAGAGGAAAUCGGCUUCGCACAGAUUGACAAGAGACCCAACGCUGCAAAGGACGCUAUGCGCUGGGUGUCGUGGAACUUUGACUGGAACAGCGUUAGUUUCGCUAGUGCUCUGAGCAGAGCGCGGUUGGUCAAGUGGGAUGUGAGGGGGCCGUGGGAGGGGAAGAUGGCGGGGAUGACGUUUAGUUGGGGUGAUGGGAUUCGAGAGGUUGUUUUUCGGGUUGAUGAUGAGGUUGUGAAGCAGUGGGAGCUUAGUCUUCCCGAUACUGAGUACAACGGUAUUGCGUAUCAAGACAAAGGAGAUGCGAAGUUCCAGACCGCAGGACUCAUAAUUAUGGCGCAAUAUUAUUCGGAUGAGCUCGAUACCGAGUCCUUUCGCCUGGCGAUUAUCUCAUCGGGCAGUCACCCAGAUACAGAGUCUCAAAUCCCCAGUAUCACUCUCACGAAACACGACCUCUACGGCGCUGCAGACCUCGCUUACAAUGCGCUGUCUUACACCUGGGGCUCACCGCGAGACAGCCCCCCACUCACCGAUAAGGCCAGCAACACAACAAUACUUCUGAAUGGAAUACCAUUCGAUGUCCAGGCGAACCUUUAUGAUGCUCUUGUUGAAUUGCUGGUCUCAUGCUCAGAGACUCCCAUCUGGAUAGACGCCCUCUGCAUCAGCCAGUCCAACUCCAACGAGCGAUCCCCGCAGGUCUCGGUCAUGAACCAAAUCUACGGAAAAGCAGACCGCGUUAUUGUCUGGCUUGGAAAGACCUUCCCUGAGCUAGAGACCGGCCUCAAAGCAGUUGAGAGACUCGGUGCUGCGUCGGUUCCCGAGACGCUUCGUAUGAUUCGAACGCAGACCUGGGAUUUCAGCUCUGAUUUGUCAACUAUGCCGGAGCGCUAUGGUAUGGAUCCCGUGACUGAGGAAGAAGCUAUCGGCUUGGUCGCACUCUACAUGAGUAAUUGGUUUACCCGGAUCUGGAUCAUACAGGAAGUUUCCCUCACCAGCGACGUGGUCAUUCUGUGUAACGGUAGAUUCACGGUCUUUGACUACGUGGGUUACACAGCGGCUUUUCUACACUACAGCGGAUUCUUCCAAUCUGUCGUGGAUCUGGUACCCAAAGACAAGCCUGGUAUUCAUAUUCGAGGCGGGAUCAACAUCUUUCAUGCAGAGAGAAUCCAAUUACUUCGUGAGUGGUGCAAAGGCAAGCAAAGUGCAUGGACCGGUGUCCUCGCUAUGAUCGAUCUGGAAGCUGGCCUGGCAAAGCAUCAUGCAAAGCCCGGAGUGAUUGUUCCCCUGCGCGUGCUAUUCUCAACCUUUGGAAUGAAGGCGACAGAUCCUCGGGAUUCUAUCUACGGGUGGAACGGUAUCUUGAAGCACAUGGCUGCUCAAGAGGGGGUGUCUCUGCCGUCGGUGUUCGAGCCCGAUUACGAUAUGGAUAUCAAAGACUUGCUGCGAAACGUCGCCUGCAACAUCAUCGAGGCGACUGAUUCUCUUGUCUAUCUAAGUCUCGUCAAGGACCCCAGAAUGCGGGAAACACCAGGCCUUCCAUCUUGGGUUCCUGACUAUCCACCGGUUCUAUACAACAGUGUCCACGGACCAAACUUUAGAUCUAUGGGAACUGUUAAUUCUUCGAAACACGUCCCCCACUCUCCGAAUCAAUAUCCAUUUACCAUCACUGGAAAGGUCCUCAACGUCUUCGGCUUCCGCCUCGGUACAGUGCAGAAGAUUGGUGAAGGUUUUCUUGAAUGCCUUCAAGGCCGUCUUAGUAUGCUUGGCGACAUUCUUCUUACUAUGGAUAAGACCUAUCCAUAUACAAACCAACCGGCAGAUGAAGUUCUAUGGAGAACUCUAAUCUGGGAUACUGAUUUCACAAAUAGACCCUCGAAGCUCAUCCGACUAGAGGACUUCCAGAGGGCCGUUGCGCAUAAUUAUGUACGUGCGCUGCAGUAUGUUUUCAAGGAAGCAAAGUCAGCCUCUGCCGGCCAUGCUCUGGUCCUCCAAGCAAUUAGCGACAUGACUUACCUGGACGAAAUAGCAGCCAAAUUCCCCAACAGUAUAUUUCCCAACACAAAGCUAGUCAAGUCCCUUUGUGCCAGCUUGGACACUAUACCUCAGGACACUGAUGGCUGUGACACGGAAGAGUUACAGAAACUUAUGGAACCACUGUCGAAGCAUGCCAUGCCGCCUGGUAAUAUCAUGGCGUCGACAUGGAUGUAUCGCAGGGCCUUCCUAACUGACACGGGGUAUUUGGGCAUGGGACAUGAAUCGACUCAAGCCGGGGAUGAGGUUUGGAUCAUCUCUGAGUCUCCUGCUCCGCUGGUAUUGAGAAAAUCAGGGGAGGGAAAUGAGUAUUGUCUCAUUGGAGAAUCAUACGUACAUGGUGCUAUGCAGGGGGAAGCUGUCACUGAUGAAGUCACUUGGAAAAAGAUCAAGAUAGUCUGA